UGCAGCGGCAUAUUUGUUGAAUCCUGCAUUCUUGUAUGAUGAGAAUUUUGUUCACAAGAGAAGGUUAAUGGAUGCAAUGCUUGAUGUGUUUGAGUCAAAUGAAAGUGAAGAAAUUGAUUAUAUUGUAAUGAUGAAGCAAUUGAGCUUGUAUCGUGAUCGUAAAUAAUCUUUUGACAAAACUUCAUGUGAAAGAGCAGCUCAGAAAUUAGAUCCUUAUGAAUGGUGGUCAUUCUAUGGAGGUUCUGUUCCAGAAUUGCAAACUCUUGCAAUGCGUAUUCUUAGCCAAACUUCUUCUUCUUCUGGCUGUGAAAGAAAUUGGAGUUUGUUUGAACGCAUCCAUACCAAAAGACGAAAUAGAUUACAACAUCAAAGAUUGAAUGAUUUAGUUUUUACAAAUUAUAAUCUGCGAUUGAAGCAUAGGAGUCAAUUGAGGAAAAAUAAAAGUUAUGAUCCCAUUGAUUAUGAAUCAAUUGACAAAAUUGACUUUUGGGUGGCUGAAGAAGAGGAAGAGCCAGCUCCUGAGUUUGAUUCUCAAGAAGUUGCAAAUCUUGAAAAUGUCAUUCACAAUGAAACCAUAGCUACUCCAUUAAUCCUUGAGAGGGAUUAUGAAGGUGAUGAAUAUAUGAAUGUUCUAGAGCCCCCAUCUUUGCCUGAUGUUGCUAGUGGUUCUGGUUUUUCUCAUUCCAGUCCUAAUGUCUCAAUGCCUGGAGAUUUGAAUGAAGUUAAUGAUGAUUUUGGUGUUGGUCAAUAUUAGUUACCAUGGACAUGUUAAUCAUAUGAUAGAAAGGUUGUCAUUGUAAGGAUAGAUAUUUGAAGUAUUGUAUU